GAGGCCGGUUGCAAGACGACCGAGUUCACCAACCAGAAAAUCUACGACGACAACCUCAUCAUACGUCUGGCAGAGGCGUGUGCGAAUAUCUUGGGCCAAGGAGAUCACCUGGAUUACCUGAGGAUCUUUGGCAGAUGGUUCGUGAGGUUCUGCAGCGACCGGAACUACGACAAAAUGCUCAGAAUAACAGGGAGACACUUCUGCCAAUUCCUCACGGAAAUGGACAACCUACACUCGCAGAUGAAGUAUGGUUCCGCCUCUUCCCCUUCGGCAUCGUGCUUGGUCCGGAGCUCAAGAUCCGUCUCGCCGGGGAGAGGAUUCUGCAGAUGCUGGGGAAGGAGAUGCUCGAGUCGGAUUUCCUCGAUCACUUCACCAUCCAGAGGCCGCACGUCAAGCUGUCGUGGGAGGCGAUGAUGAUGUUCCAGAGCGUGACGUGGGAAGUGGAGUCUAAGAAAUUACCGAAGAUUAACACCACUAAUGUCAUGAUGCCCGACGGAAGCUACAAGUCAAACACGCUUUCUUGCGUAAGCGAUAUAUGUCAGGAAGGAGCGAGUGACUACAAGCCAACCCGCCGAGGCUCCAGCCAAGCCCCGUGGACAGGCGAGAGGUCGUCCUUGGAAUCUUCUCGCGGGCUCCUCCUCAAGGGCCAGAUGUACAUCCUCAAGGAAUCAAACAUCGCCCUCUUCCUCUGCAUUCCGCUUCUGAACAACCUGGUGGAGAUGCGGGAAACAGGUCUUUUCCUCAACGACCUGAGUAUGCACGACCUGAGCAGGGAAAUGGUGCUCUCUGGAUGGCAUCACUGCUCCAGACUCCAGAUCAUGUACAACCGCGCCGAGGAAGACUCCAACAAACUCGAGGACGCCUACAUGAAGGUCGAGGAAGCCAAAACUCGAGCGGACGACCUGCUUUACUCCAUGCUGCCCCGACAGGUUGCUGAUAUCCUACGCCAGGGGAAAAAUCCGCUGGAGACUUGUCAGGCCUUCGAGGAAGUGUCGGUCCUGUUCGCCGAGGUGGCCCUGACGGAGGACCAGGACCUGACUCACACCGUCAACAAGGUCUACCAGACGAUUGAUAACAUAACCGACCAGUAUUCCGUCUUCAAGGUGGAGACCGUCCUGGGCGUGUAUAUGGUGGUGGGCGGGGCACCGGAGUACCAGCCCGACCACUGCGCCCAGCUGGCAUCCCUCGCGCUUCACAUGGUCAGACAGAGUGAAGAAUGCAAGACACAUAACCUGCGGAUUGGUAUCCACGUGGGCCCAGUCGUGGCGGGCGUCGUGGGCAUGAAACUACCGAGGUACUGCCUGUUUGGAGACACCGUUAACACUGCCUCGAGAAUGCAGACGAACAGCCAGGUCGGCAAGAUCCACAUAAGCGAGAUCUGCGCCAAACAUCUCGAGAAAUUCAACUUCGUCACAACAUUCCGAGGAAAGUUACAGAUUAAGGGCAAGGGCGAGAUGAACACGUACUGGCUGGAGGGGAGGAAGGAGAGCGCCAAGUCGUCGUGGAAGUGAUGGAGGAAGAGCCUUUCCAGGUGCCUCAUCCCCGAGGGCGUUCCGGAGAAGUAUUCCCCUUCAGUGGGCGUCGACGGAGGGGCAGCGGCGGGGGCGGGGUUUUGCCGCCCGUAGAGAUUUCGGGUCGCUUGUGGAAAGGACGAUUUUUUUCUUUUUUUCUUUUAUUUUGUAUCUAUCUUUCUUUUUGUUAUAGUUGUUUUUAUGAAUUCUAAAUGGUAUAUGU